CACCUAGCAGCGAGUAACAAAAAAAAAAAAAAAAAAACUCGAAGCUGGCCUUCAGUCCGAAGCGAGCCAUGGCGGAGCUCCGCCACUCUAGCUCGAUCGGCGGCAGAGCAACACCGUCUCCUAGGAAACGCGACGACGUCACUUCCCCUUUAUCGACGGAAAAUCAUCCUCCACGUGAUGAUGACGACGGUGGUCGCGAUCGUUACCCUCGAGAUCGGUUCCGCUCGCUCUUCUCCAAUCAUUUUCAGUUAUUAGAUGAAAGCGCUAGGUUUUAUUCGCACAACUUCAAGAUCUUGCUUUUAUUCAUCACUAUUCUCGCUUUUGCUGGAAUGUAUUCCGUUUAUUCGGUCAUAAGUCACCUGAAUGCUCCAUACUUGUGCACGAAAGAUGGCAUUACACUUCAUUGCCCCCAUGUCAAGGAGCCACCUUCUUUGUGGGAGAAUCCAUUAUCAGCAACCACGUCUUGGAAGUCGUGUGCUGAAAGACGCAUUGGUGCAAUUUCAGAUCUUCCAGAGGCAAAUGAAACAAAUGGAUAUAUAUUUAUUCAUGCGGAGGGUGGGCUAAAUCAGCAAAGAAUUGCUAUAUGCAAUGCAGUUGCUGUUGCCAAAAUCAUGAAUGCCACUCUUAUUCUGCCUGUGUUAAAGCAAGAUCAGAUCUGGAAAGACCAAACAAAAUUUGAGGACAUAUUUGAUGUGGAUCAUUUCAUCGACUACUUGAAGGAUGAUGUGCAAAUUGUGCGUGAUAUUCCAUCAUGGUUCACUGAUAAGUCAGAGUUAUUCACAAGCAUAAGACGCACGGUGAAAAACAUCCCCAAGUAUGCUCCAGCUCAAUUCUACAUUGAUAAUGUCUUGCCUCGGAUCAAAGAGAAGAAGAUAAUGGCCUUGAAGCCUUUUGUAGAUCGGCUUGGCUAUGAUAAUGUACCCCAAGAAAUCAACAGGCUAAGGUGCAGGGUUAAUUAUCAUGCUCUCAAGUUUCUUCCUGAGAUUGACGAAAUGGCUGAGCGGCUGGUGGCAAGAAUGAGAAAUCGAACAGGCAGUUCAAAUCCUUUUAUGGCUCUUCAUCUUAGGUUUGAGAAAGGGAUGGUAGGACUUUCGUUUUGUGACUUCGUGGGGACAAGGGCAGAGAAAGCUUUGAUGGGAUUAUACAGAUUAAAAGAAUGGCCUAGGCGGUUCAAGGAUGGCUCCCAUUUGUGGCCGCUUGCACUACAGAAGCGCAAAGAAGGGCGAUGCCCUCUUGAGCCUGGGGAAGUGGCAGUGAUGCUCCGGGCAAUGGGCUAUCCAAAAGAAACUCAAAUAUAUGUUGCUUCUGGUCAGGUUUAUGGUGGACAGAACCGAAUGGCACCACUUAGGAACAUGUUCCCGAAUCUUGUAACAAAGGAGGAGUUAACAACAAAAGACGAAUUAGACGGCUUCAGGAAGCACGUGACAAGCUUGGCUGCCUUAGAUUUCUUGGUGUGUUUGAAAUCCGACGUAUUUGUGAUGACCCAUGGAGGCAACUUUGCGAAACUAAUAAUAGGCGCAAGAAGGUACAUGGGUCACCGCCAAAAAUCCAUAAAACCCGACAAAGGCCUGCUUUCCAAAUCUUUAGGUGAUCCCUACAUGGGUUGGGCUACUUUUGUCGAAGAUGUGGUCAUCACCCACCAAACACGCACCGGACUUCCAGAGGCAACGUUUCCCAAUUACGACAUCUGGGAGAACCCUUUGACGCCUUGCAUGUGCAAAGCUUGAUCAUAAUGCUGAUUGCUCUUUUAAAGGUAAGAUCUUGAUCUUUCUGGGUGUUCGUUCAUCUACAACCUGAAAAAGAAGGAUCCUAUUGACUCAUAUAUGAUAAGGUUCAAAGAGAUAGAAUGGCUGGUGGGUGAAAGAAGAUCUUAGGGUCAAGAUUCACAGGAGUACUAAAAAACUGCAGUUUCUUGUAAUCUUUCAAGCUCUACAAUUGUGGAUUAGUGAUGUUGGUGUAAAUUAAGAUAGGGAAAAGUACGAGUACUUUAGCAAAAAAAAAAAAAAUUAAAAUAGCCCGAGGGAUUUACAUUUCGAACCUUCCUAGAUUUUAUUUACAAUCUAACUAUUGUUCUUGUUAAAAUGUCAAAAGAAAGCUAUAGUUUGCAAGAAACACGCGAUUUUGGACGAAUUCAACUGCAAAAAGAACCAUUAGUCUUGGCACUUUUUGGUUCUAAAUUGCUUGUUCUUGCGAAAAUAUAGCGUUCUUGUAUUUUUGCAACAACAAUCGUUUGUUUGUAACGAAAGGAAAGUAUCAUAGGUUUAAAAAGUCAUUUGGUAAUGUUUCUUGUAUCCUAACUUCGCUUUUGGGACAAACAAGUUGUGGGUCAUUUCUAUCUUGUUGGUUUUGACAAGGAUUCGAGCAGUCAAAUUCCUCCUA